UUUUAACUCGUUAAAAACUGUACUUCCCACGUUGCUAGGCGCCUCCGGAAGUAGCUGCAUGUUUACACGUCCCAUGGAUUUGCCGAGGAUUGAUUAACCAUUCGGUAAAAGCAGCUAAAGGAACAGUGUUAAAAUCUACCUGUUCUUUCUUCAAAAUGCCCUUGUUUGGCAACACUUUCGGUCAAAAGAAAACACCUCCUCGGAAAUCAGCAUCUCUUUCCAAUAUACACACAUUGGAUCGGUCUACACGGGAAAUAGAAUUGGGUCUAGAGUAUGGAGCCCCAGUAAUGAACAUUGGUUCCCAGAGCUUAAAAUUUGAAGAUGGCCAGUGGAUCACAGAGUCAGGAGGUAAUGUGUCAGGAAAAGAGGUACAGCGGCUGAAGAAGAGAAAUCUACAUUUAGAAGAGGAGAAUAAUCUUCUUAAGAUAAAGAUUGAGAUUCUUCUUGAUAUGCUUUCAGAAUCAACAGCAGAAACACAUCUAAUACAGAAGGAACUGGAAGAUAUGAAGAAUAAUACUAGAAGAAAAAAAUGACAGAAGUGAAAUUUCACAUAGAUUUACUUGAUUUGACGUGAUUUGAGUUUUAUACCACUGCAUAUUUUUAUAUAAUUAUUUAGGAGUAUGUCACAGUUCAUUUAAAUAUUGUGGAGUUUUCUGUUUCUUUGGUUUUUUUGCUUUGAGUUUAUUUCAGGUUACAUUAAAAGAUGCACUGAUAUUACAUUUUUUCCACUGAUACAGAUUGCAGAAUAUUCUGAGUGAUAUUGGCCUAUACGACAGUGGUUGCAUUAACUAAAUUAUAAAGAUUACAUUUUCUGAAUGUUGUUCAUUCAUAUAAUGACCAUUAAUAUUGAACAUUAAUCUAGUGAUGUUUCUUUACAUUUUCUACACAGAGCUCAAAUUCAUUGCAUUUUCCUGUUCUCCUAUGAUUGAUAGCUAAUAGUGAGAAAAAUUGCUUUUAUUUACCAAUGCAGAUUAUUGGUCGAUAUAUCCGUGCUUAAUUAAAAGUAGCUAAAGCUCAGCAUGUUUAAAUACAAUAACACAUUACUUUUGUCAAGUUCACAUGUUUAAAAUACAAUAACACAUUACUCUUGUCAAUUCACAAUAACCAAAUUACUGUAUACCAAAUAUUUGUUUCCGUGGCCCCAGUAAGUGAUUACAUGGCAGUCUUAAAAACACUUGCAUAUGUGUUUUUUAAUCACCUGAAACAAUCACACUCUUUCUUCGGUUCACAAGUAAGAUUAGCCAAGAGCUCCAAAGAUUUAAAAAUGCACAUGCAGAUUUAGUAGGAUUUUUAUUUGGAGUGUGCUGCACGUACUCUCACAGGCUUGUAAAACCCUGCCUUUGGUUAAUAAAUUCACACUAAAAAAGUGUAGAUUUUGUGUUGCGGGGAUUUGCAAAUUAUACUGUACAGCAUCUCAUUGUAACAGACAUUCCAUGUAAUAUUUUGCUGUACAUAUUUUUCGAAAUCUGCGAAUAAACAU